AUGUCUACAAUUAAAGAAUGCAGCUGUAUCGAUACCUUGGCUGUAUAUUGUUAUAUAAAUAUCUACAAAAAUUUCUAUCUGGAAAAAAUCAGAGGUACCCCCCAAAACGCCAUACCUCUUUGUCUUAGAAUAGAAAUGUUCCCGUUGGUUGGCCAAAAAAUAGGUACAUAUGCUGCAGAAGAAUUGUUGGAAGAACUCGACGAAGAAGGAAAAUUGGAAACAAGUGUUUCUGAGAUAAUGAAUCAACUAGCUGCAUCAAAUGAACCACUUGAGGGAUGUCUUCCAAUUAGUCCCCUUUUAAGUCUGGCUAUGUAG